AUGGUAGAUGUCUAUCCUAAGUACGCUGCAGAUACACCAGUACCUGACAUUGGUGUUGUGCCCCAGGCCUCCAUAGGUCGCCUUCUUGCGGUGCUGUCCAUGAACGACGUCAUAUUCUCUACACCCCCACAGCAACACGACUCGAGUCCAUUGGACAGGUCCCCCAAACCACAGAUAUCUUAUCUUGUUGAACUCUCGCACCAGCCACCCCGAAGCGCAUUCACAACCCAUCCACGCGUCCAUGAACCAGGUCGAGGCCUCGGAUCUACAAAAACAUGUAGCACAAAAGAGCGCCUCGUUGCAUUUUCCAACACGCCACCACAGCAAAGAAACUCAAAGAUGACCCCCAUUCGACUGGUCCGUCUUCCAGCCUCUCUAACUGGGCAACCAUCACACAGUUGUCACCCACCACCAUCCCAUCAAUCUGGGAGGCGUUGCGCUUAUCGACCACGCCGCGAGAUGAUGAUGCUUGCGACCAAGUAA